UAGCACACCUGUGGCAAGAGCGCAUUCUGAAAUCAUUCACAUGGGCCGGUGAUAGGAGAAUGAGACACACAUUCAGUAGCUCUUCUCAUCAGUUAGCGAACGUUCAUCGACCGUUGAGGAUGGCACAGUUCAUCUGGUCUGCCAUCAUCUUCCUCCCGCUGUUGGGAUACCUCUCUCGAGCACAGGAUCUCAGGACUAGCUUAGGUGUACGAGCUUUGAGGAAAGAAUCCGGUUAUGGAAGACCUGUAUUAGCAAUGGCUAACUCUCCACGAUGCACAUUUAAUGGAAAACCAAUAGAGGAUGGCAAAUCCGUAUCCAGCCCGGAGCCCUGUCUCAACUGCACUUGCAGCAAAGGCAUCCUCCUCUGCUACUUGCACACCUGUAACUCUAUUGCUCCUACGCCUGGUUGCCAGAUCGUCAAGAAACCGAACACAUGCUGUCCACAGCUGGAAUGUAGUGAUCUUUUAACUUACCAUGACUACAGAACUGAAAGGACGAGCGAGCCAAGCAACAAAUUUCGCUUUCGACAAGACGACAACCACUUUUUUGGACUUCUGGAGAUGGAUUCGAGGACUGAUCGGUCGCAAGAAUCCACCUUCCCUACCAGAAGAGCAGGCGUGAAAGGUCAGAGACCCAAUUUUUCGUCCAUUCUGAAGGGAAUUUCAUCGCAGAAGAGAUCCGACACCUACGGCCAGUCUCUUUAUGAACAGGAAGAAGAUAUAGAGGAUGACGAGCUUUCACCCGAUAGGAAUAACUCGGCUGGAUAUUGCUUUUCAAGAGGAUACAAAUACUCGGAAGGUAUGGCCAUGCUUUCUCCGACGAAAUGCGAGUACUGUUACUGCAUCGGUGGACAGCAGAUGUGCGUGCGACCCAAAUGCCACCUCAAUAUUGAAGGUUGCGUUCCUCGCUACCAGAGCGGAUACACUUGUUGCCCGUCCCACUACAACUGUGAAGUAGCAUCUGGCGUCUCGACUCUUGGAGGUGAAGAAAAUUCUCAAACAGAAUCAGACAGUGAAACCACAGCAAAAACUAAAGUGACUUCAUGCAACGUGGAAGGGUAUGAUUUCGACGUAGGUGUGGCCGUUCCAAGUAAUGGUCACUGCCAGACGUGUUACUGCACCCAAGCGGGCGUGGUCUGUCGGCGUCUGGAGUGUUCGCCCAGUAUACCCGGCUGCACACCAGUUAUACCCGAAGGACACUGCUGCCCCACACAGUAUAAGUGCGAUCAGAAAAAUGUCAACAGCUCACAUAUCCCUGUGCCACAUAGCACAGAUAACUAUGACGUUACUGUUAUAUCGCCGAUAGAAUCAGAAGGAACAUCUUCACAGUCUUCGAGAACGGAAGAGCCUGAUCUAUACACAGAAACAGCCGAAGACAGUCCAACUACUUAUGUUGAAGAUGCUGAGACAGCUUCAGAAACUAGCUCAGAAAAACAAAAAAUCACAGUCGAAUUACCUUCGGAGUCAGAUCUGGAAAGCAUAUCGGUCAUACCUGAGGAAAACAUCGCGGUUUUAAUACUCACUACAGAAAAGGAAGACGAUGAAGGAAAAGUAACGUCAGCUGAAAUUACCAGUCACACGAGUACUCGAGAAGAAAUAACAACGAAACUUGUUCCAGCAACCAUUUUAAAUGCUAAACGAAAAUCGAAGCCAACAAAAACAUCAACCGUUAACGAUAAAAUUCAAAAUUUUACUCGUUUCACCACACUAGGAGCCAAUACAAAUCCAUCAACGAUCACCACAAGCAGGGAAGGGACAACCCAACAGGAAACUGAUUCUACUAUCGAUGAAAAAGAUACCUAUGCAUAUGAUUACGAGGAGAUGUAUGAAGAUGGAUCGCCCGAUCUCACUGAAACCUUUUCUCCAUUUUUGGACUACAGUACAACGGCAUUUGAAGAAACAGGAGUCGCAGCAAGUAGUCAAGAAAGAUCUCCAAUCGCCAUUAAGCAUCAUAAAAUUAAGCAAAAGAGGCCACAAUCAACCACUUUUCAUCAUAUAUCUACCACUAAAGUAGAUCUUCCAACAACUAAUGAGCUUUUCACUUAUAAUAAGAAAGGAACGGACUUUACACAAGAUGAAUCGACUUAUUCCACAUUUUCACGAAGUGAUAUUGAUGAGACGAUAACAAACGAACCCUCGGAGUAUACAAUUUAUAGUUCAAGUAGGACGAAAAAUCCAGAUACAACAACUAACAUAGGAACUCGAAUUACAAGGCCAUAUACAUUGCAAAAAAUUAAGAAACGUAGACCUGGUAUUGUGACAAAGCAUAAAACUUCACCAUUUAGUACCCAAAACACAAGACCUAUUCAGGUAGUUACAGGUCCAGGCAUGACAGUAGAAGAUAUUUUCAAUACCCAAACAGUUCCUUUGGAUACUACGACUGAAAGAAAAACUUUUGUACCUUUUGCAGCAGAGACAAAUACUCAAAUAUAUAGACCCUACACUCGACCUCCUCAUUUUCAUAAGAAGAAAGUAUCAAAUCGUAGGGGUCAGCCUGAAACUUUGUCAGAAACAACGAUAUUACAUAAAACAACAAAACCAUCUCCACAAGGUAUUGCUGAAUUUCUUCGGACCAUAACACAGACUCAGAAUACACAAACACCAAACUCAUCAAUUGAAGAGGUUGAUUCAACAACCAAGAAAGUCAGUGGAGAUUCAGUAUCUCGAGAAACAUUACCUCCAAUUGUUUUGGCUGCUCCAAAACUUAUAAUGGAAGCUCCAACAUUAGUGAAUACUCAAGAAACAACAAAAACUGAUCCCAUAGUCGAAGAAACAAUUCCCUCUUCACCAAGCUUCAACAUCCAACCGGAGAUUAUAUUUUCGAAUCAUAGUCCAUUUCAAAACCGUAAGCAGCCACCUCGUUUCACUCGCCCAACUCGAGAACCUGAAAUCCCAUUAAUAAUCAACAAUCAUAAAAGAACUUCAACUCGACUGCGACCAGCAGUUGCCUACCGACCUGUUCCAACUCCACCUUCAGAAGAAAAUUCUUUUGUGGAAAUUUCUAACCAUAGACCAACCAAUUCGUUCCGCAGACCAGCAAGUCAAUUCCCCCCUUUCCCUGUUCCAAAUAGGCCCGAUGGUAAUUACCAAAGAGACACGCAUCCUCGAGACUCACAAUCAAAACUCCACAGGAUAGAUUCAGAUGUUCCUGGUGAAUGGGCUGAUGAUUACGAAGAGUAUUAUUACAACACAGAUCAUGACCAUUCAACUUUAACUAAAAUAUUUAAUAACAUUCAGUCUUAUCAGCCGACCUUAGCUAAUGGCGAGUUUUCAGCAAAACUGAAAGCUACCUCGACAUCUGCAACUGUAAAUGACUUAUCUGCAGAAACCAUCACACCUGCAUACAAUGUAGAGCUCGCCGCAGAAGUUGAAUCCAAAGCAAGUGAUUUGCAAAAUGUUGCGUCUGAAUCUUCUGAAAAUACAGAUGGUGAUAAAAAUAGCAAUAACAAAUAUACCACUGACCACAAAAUAUCUGAAAAUAGAGAAGACGAAGCAACUACAAAGGCUGAAAUGAUAACCGAGAUACCUACAACGCCAAUGCCUAAAACGACGUAUUACGUUCCAACGAUUACAACCACCACUCCUGAAGAUACAACCAAAUCAUUCUCUGGCUAUGUGAGAAAUAAAUACAAGGGCACAAGUAUUCACCUUCAUGAUAGUGAACCUAAAUUCUUCAGGGUCGAUGAUGAUGCUGAAAGUAAAAGAAGGGAAUCGGAUUACCGUUUGAUAGAAUAUGGUAAGAAACCUGAAGAGACAUUCAUCAGUUAUACAGAACGAUUAACUCAAAAUCGUCCGACUCUGACAACAGAGGCGCCUGUACAACCCACUAAAGAACAAGAUGAACCUCAAGAAAUUACAGAUGUAUGCUUUGUGGAUGGUCGUUACUAUAACAGUGGAGAGACCAUCACCAAGAGCAAUCCUUGCGAGAUGUGCCGCUGCUUCUAUGGGCAUCCACUGUGUCAGGUGCAGCAGUGCCCCCCACCGCCGGAUCCUUCCUGUGCCCUUGACUACUUGCCUGGAUAUUGCUGUCCACGAGUUACAUGUGGUCUAGAAACAGAUCCCGAUCAGCCCCCGGGAAUCGUCAGCCUGCCUGAGCCAACCAGCCAAGAGAUCCGACGUAGCGACACCGAUAAUCAGUGGAAGCCCCUGCCACACGGUCCCCUACUCCGGACGACUGAAAGCACGUUCAAAGCUGAAUCAACCACCAUAGCUGAUGUCCAGCCAAUCCAUGCCUUUGUCACUCCAAAAUUACAAACUGAGAAGGCCCCAGAAGUGAACAAUAUGUACGUUUGGGCAGGAGAUUCGAAAAUUCAAACGACAGAACCAAGCACUGAAAAACCAGCUGAAACGACAACUGUUAUCACAACAACAGAACAACAAACAACCACGGAGGAAGCUACAACUUCCAGUACAACAGAGCAGCCUACGACGACUGUAGUUUACAGAGAAACUAUCCCCACGACAGAAACUCCAUUAGCUACAGAAAGCACAGAAUCAACUGAAGAAAUCAGAACACUUCCGCCUUCAACAACAACAAUAACGAUUCCUACUACUGAAGUCAAUGAAGUAGUAGAUGCAACAUCAGAACCUAAGCCCCUUGCCCCUAUAUUUGACCCAAAAGCAGAAGAAAAUAAGGGACAGCAGAACAAAUCUGGAAUCCAUGACAAUUCCAGUGGUGUAAGAAAAAUUUUGCAUGAUUUGAUAACACUACCACCUUCUAAAGUCGAAUUGUCUAUUUCUGAUACCUCAAAUAUAAGUACCGUACUACCUGUUAUUAUAACAUUCCCAACCACAGUACCUUCCGUCGAAGAAUUUGGAACGGUUACCAUGAAUAGUGCAGAUAUUGGAGUUGUGACGGAGCUUGGAGGAAACCUUAAAGUUUCAGGUUGCAAUGUAUACGGUAAAUACUACAAAAUAAACGACAAGGUUACAGCUCUGAGUAAACCAUGCACCGAAUGCGUAUGCUCCGCUGAAGGUAUUGCUUGCAACCCCACCUGUUGAUGAAAUACAUCCGUUUCGAUUUGCGCACAUGGAACCCCGUUGGUAACAAUGGCAACCCGCUAGAAUGGACCAAUAGCGUCCUUGUUCUGGCGUGGUACGAACCAAAGCAUCCUGUGAUCGCGCCAGUUUCGAACUUUUGCAUGGACACUACUAAUUUAUUAAUUUAAUGAACUUCACUGAUCUCUUGGGACAAGUUUCGGGGCAUUUCUGUAAGUUGUAUCAACCCUGGUGUCCCUACAAUACUAAUGCUUCUACUACUGUUUUGUUUUGAUUAGAUGCAGUAUAAUUUUAUUGCAUUAUUUUAUAUUUAUUUUUUCCCUUCCAAGUGCCUAAUAUUCAACAAGCAUGAUCAUCUAAUCUCAGACAGUUUUUUGGAAACACUGAACAUUACAGUUUAAUAGGAUUAUUUAAACAACAUUUUCUCACAAAUUUUAUUUUUUAAAACAUUUUGAUUUGCUAGAACUAAAUGAAAAAGU